GAAGCCUUUUCAGGGACCUCCGUUUCAUUCCCUUCUCUCUUGGCUUCCUCGACGGCCUCCGUUCCUCCGCCAAUCCAUUUAGUGUACUGCGGCCGAGGGGACAAGAAGACGGCUAAAGGGAAGCGAUUCAAGCACUCUUUUGGAAAUGCUAGGCCUCGAAAUAAAAAGAAGGGAAGGGGGCCUCCAAGGAUCCCUGUCCCGCCAUCGCCUCCUAGAAAGGACCGGUUUGAUGAUGGAGAGAAGGUCAAGAUUGUGAUCGAUGAGUCCCUUUUCUCUUAGCUUGUGAUUGCAUGUAUGUUUCUUUGUUUAUCUUUCAAUUGUGUGGUUCUUUUCGGGAAUUUGGAGACCGUCUGCUUCUAGCAUUGCUGUGAUUGGUAUAUCAAUGCGUUUAAGCUUCAGAGCAUAUACUAUUUUCUUCUUCUUCAUUUCUGUUUUCAACAUAGGAAGUGU